AGCUCUUCGAAUUUUAUACUUAAUCUUUAUUUUAUAUAUACUUGACUUGAAAUUUUCUUAAAAAGCUGCAAAAUGUUGAGCUUCAAUUUGAUGGGUAUUCCUACCAUGGAUUUGCGUAAUCGCAAGUUCUUGCCUAUUAUGGACCGCGAGGGUCGUAUGGUCAAGCCGUAUCCUCAGCCUCCACCAGUGCCAAGAGGUCAGCCUUGGUACACAAAUCUCAAACCAUACGAGCGUUUGUUCUAUCAUCAAACGUUGAGUUCAGUUCGUACUGGUAAACGUUUCAAGCAAUGUAAUUCGGUGCCAAAGGAUUCGCUGGACUUGCACUUGCAGGCUUAUUAUGAUCAUGGUUGCAUAGCGUUUCCUAAGCGAGAAGAUCAUAUCAUGCAGGUGGAGACAGCUACUGAGUUAAUUACCUAUCGCUUACUUCGCAAUGUUAUAACUGUUCAUAAGAAACCACCGAAUCCACUUGGGCAUCCUAUACAAAUUAUUAAUCCUGAGGGUCCAAGGCAAAGAAAAAUUCAUCCUGAAUACGUUAAGUUGAUGGUAAGUGGUCCGCAUAGCCAGUUGACCAAUGGUGGUUUCUCACGUCAAGACGGCGAUGGUAAUUUCUUUAAUUAUUAAACCAAAAACAUCAACGAGCGCAGAAUAUAUACUUUAUCACCAAAUUGUGAAGGAAAUAAUAAAUAAUUUUAUUUAUUGUAUUUUGUAUAACACAGUAAUAAUCUACAAUCUUUAGAGCACUUAAACAAACUUUAAUUAAUUUUAUGGCAUUUACGAAAAUACAUAUACA